AUGGAGCUCUCGGAUGUGCGCUGCCUUAGCGGCAGCGAAGAACUCUACACCAUCCACCCGACGCCCCCGGCCGGCGACGGCGGGAGCGGGUCCCGGCCUCAGCGGCUGCUGUGGCAGACGGCGGUGCGGCACAUCACCGAGCAGCGCUUCAUCCACCCGCACCGCGGCGGCAGUGGCAGCGGCGGCGGCGGGAGCGCAAGCUCGGACAAAAGCGCAGACCCUGCGGUAGGCGGCCCCAACCACCACGCGCCGCAGCUGUCCGGCGACUCGGCGCUGCCCCUCUACUCGCUGGGCUACGGGGAGCGCGCGCACAACACUGGCGGCAUCAAAAUUUUCCCGGAGCGCCGAGGGAGCGGCAGCGCCAGCGGGGGCGGGGGCGACUUGGGUUUCCUGCAUCUCGACUGCGCCCCGAGCAACUCGGAUUUCUUCCUCAGUGGGGGCUAUAGCUACCGAGGGGUCAUUUUCCCUACGCUGCGCAACUCCUUCAAGUCGCGGGAUCUGGAACGCCUCUACCAGCGCUAUUUCCUAGGCCAGAGGCGCAAAUCCGAGGUGGUGAUGAACGUGCUGGACGUGUUGACCAAACUCACCCUCUUGGUUCUCCACCUGAGCCUGGCCUCAGUACCCAUGGACCCUCUCAAGGGCAUUCUGCUGGGUUUUUUCACUGGCAUCGAGGUGGUGAUCUGCGCCCUGGUCGUGGUCAGAAAGGACACCACCUCCCACACGUACCUGCAGUACAGUGGCGUGGUUACCUGGGUGGCCAUGACCACCCAGAUCCUGGCAGCAGGCCUCGGCUACGGGCUCUUGGGUGACGGCAUUGGCUACGUGCUCUUCACCCUCUUCGCCACCUACAGCAUGGUGCCGCUGCCGCUCACCUGGGCCAUUCUGGCCGGCCUGAGCACCUCGCUUCUGCAAGUGGUCCUCCAACUGGUCAUCCCCAGACUGGCGGUCAUUUCCAUCAACCAGGUGAUGGCCCAGGUAGUGCUUUUCAUGUGCAUGAACACAGCUGGAAUCUUCAUCAGUUACCUGUCUGACCGGGCCCAGCGCCAGGCCUUCCUGGAGACACGGAGGUGUGUGGAGGCCAGGCUGCGCCUAGAAACGGAGAACCAGAGACAGGAGCGGCUUGUGCUGUCUGUUCUCCCCAGAUUUGUCGUCCUGGAAAUGAUCAACGACAUGACCAACGUGGAAGACGAGCACCUGCAGCACCAGUUCCACCGGAUCUACAUCCACCGCUACGAGAACGUCAGUAUUCUUUUUGCAGAUGUGAAAGGAUUUACCAGCCUCUCCACAACCUUGUCUGCUCAGGAACUGGUCAGGAUGCUCAAUGAACUCUUCGCCAGAUUUGAUCGACUGGCCCAUGAGCAUCACUGUCUCCGCAUUAAGAUCCUGGGAGACUGUUACUACUGCGUUUCUGGACUUCCAGAACCCCGUCAGGACCAUGCGCACUGCUGUGUUGAAAUGGGCCUCAGCAUGAUUAAGACCAUCAGGUAUGUGCGGUCCAGGACGAAGCAUGACGUUGACAUGAGGAUUGGAAUCCACUCGGGCUCAGUGCUGUGUGGUGUGUUGGGCCUGCGGAAGUGGCAGUUUGAUGUCUGGUCUUGGGAUGUAGACAUUGCAAACAAACUUGAAUCUGGAGGGAUCCCCGGGAGGAUCCACAUUUCCAAGGCCACACUGGACUGCCUCAACGGCGACUACAAUGUGGAAGAGGGCCACGGAAAAGAGAGGAAUGAAUUCCUGCGGAAGCAUAAUAUAGAAACCUAUUUAAUUAAGCAGCCGGAGGAGAGUCUGCUGUCCUUGCCUGAAGACAUUGUCAAGGAGUCAGUGAGCUCAUCUGAUAGGAGGAACAGUGGGGCGACCUUCACAGAAGGGUCUUGGAGCCCUGAGCUGCCCUUUGAUAACAUAGUGGGGAAACAGAACUAUUCUCAAAUGAGGGAUGACGUGUUCAAGUCAAACUUGGUCUGUGCGUUUAUCGUUCUACUGUUUAUCACGGCAAUCCAAAGUUUGCUUCCUGCUUCAAGGGUGAUGCCAACAGCCAUCCAGUUUUCUAUACUGAUCAUGCUGCAUUCGGCCCUGAUCCUCAUCACCACGGCAGAGGAUUACAAGUGUUUGCCUCUCAUUCUUCGGAAAACUUGCUGUUGGAUUAAUGAGACCUAUUUGGCCCGGAACGUCAUUAUCUUCGCAUCCAUCUUGAUUAAUUUCCUGGGUGCCAUCCUAAAUAUUCUGUGGUGUGAUUUUGACAAGUCGAUACCCUUGAAGAACCUGACUUUCAAUUCCUCAGCUGUGUUUACAGAUAUCUGCUCCUAUCCAGAGUAUUUCGUCUUCACGGGUGUGUUGGCCAUGGUGACCUGUGCAGUUUUCCUGCGACUUAACUCCGUCCUGAAGCUGGCUGUACUGCUGAUUAUGAUUGCCAUCUAUGCCCUGCUGACUGAGACCAUCUAUGCAGGCCUCUUUCUGCGCUAUGACGACCUGAACCACAGUGGAGAAGAUUUCCUAGGGACCAAGGAGGCAUCUCUCCUACUGAUGGCCAUGUUCCUCCUUGCUGUGUUCUACCACGGACAGCAGCUGGAAUACACCGCCCGCCUGGACUUCCUGUGGCGAGUGCAGGCCAAGGAGGAGAUCAAUGAGAUGAAGGAGUUGAGGGAGCACAACGAGAACAUGCUCCGGAACAUCCUGCCCAGUCACGUGGCCCGGCACUUCCUGGAGAAAGACCGAGACAACGAGGAGCUGUAUUCUCAGUCCUAUGAUGCUGUUGGAGUGAUGUUUGCCUCCAUCCCAGGGUUUGCUGACUUUUACUCUCAGACUGAAAUGAAUAACCAAGGAGUGGAAUGUUUGCGCUUGCUGAAUGAGAUCAUCGCUGACUUCGAUGAGUUGCUAGGUGAAGACCGGUUCCAAGACAUUGAGAAAAUCAAGACCAUCGGCAGCACCUACAUGGCAGUGUCGGGUUUGUCUCCUGAAAAGCAGCAAUGUGAAGACAAGUGGGGUCAUCUGUGUGCCCUGGCCGACUUCUCACUGGCCCUGGCUGAAAGCAUACAGGAGAUCAACAAACAUUCCUUCAACAACUUCGAGCUCCGGAUCGGCAUCAGCCACGGCUCAGUGGUAGCUGGCGUUAUUGGUGCAAAGAAACCCCAGUAUGACAUUUGGGGCAAAACGGUGAACCUGGCCAGCCGGAUGGACAGCACAGGGGUCAGUGGCAGGAUCCAGGUUCCAGAGGAGACCUAUCUCAUCCUGAAAGAGCAGGGCUUUGCCUUCGACUACCGAGGGGAGAUCUACGUCAAAGGUAUCAGUGAACAGGAAGGAAAAAUCAAAACGUACUUUCUGCUGGGAAGAGUCCAACCCAACCCAUUCAUCUUGCCCCCGAGAAGACUACCCGGGCAGUACUCCUUGGCCGCUGUUGUCCUGGGUCUUGUGCAGUCCCUCAACAGGCAACGGCAGAAACAGCUGCUCAAUGAGAACAACAACACGGGGGUCAUCAAAGCCCACUACAACCGGCGGACUUUGUUGACGCCCAGUGGACCCGAGCCCGGAGCCCAAGCCGAAGGCAAUGACAAAUCCGAUUUGCCAUAA